AUGAGAAAUGUCAUGUUUCCUUAUGAAAUUGGGAACAGGAACCCAAUUAUUCAAAUGCUCAAUAACUGUCUUCCGGUUUCUAAUGUGGUGAACCUCCAAGAUGAUGCAGAAGAUGAUCUCUUCUUGUGGAAGUUUGCAAGAGAAGUUUGGAAUUAUUUCACCUCUCGGGCCCAUGUUUCUCCUCCUCAUUUGUUUGGGGAUGGAGUUAGAUGGCUUAAGAAUCCUUGUCAUGACAAGAAUGUGACUAUGAUUCUUAGGAUUGCUCAUCAAGCUUCGGUGUACACUCUAUGGAAAGAACGAAACUCUCGACUUAACAAUGCUACCUCAAGACCUGCUGCUGGAAUUAUUUUGGAGAUAAAAGCUUUAAUCCGCUGUCACUUGGAUCCUUUGUCUAGAGCUCAGAGAUUAGGACAUCAAGGGACUUCCUUCCUCGCUACUUGGUUCGGCAUGUUCAAUGCCUAA